AUGCGCCUACAAAGUGGGACAACUUCAAAUCAAAUUGAAAAAGUUCGUAUAUUUUAUGAGUGGAUUUUAUCAAUUGGAGAUCGUACCAUGGGUGAGCCUAAUGAUGGUUAUGUUGAAAUUAAUAUUCCUGCAGAGUUUUUAAUUUCAAAUUUUUCAGAUCCUAUUAAGGCUAUUGUUGAUAGUACCUAUCCCGAUCUCAUUCAUAACUACCAUGACCCCAAUUUUUUACAAAGUCGUGCUAUCUUGGCUUCAACAAUUGAAGUUACCGAUGAGAUUAAUCAAUAUAUCACAGAUCUUCUUCCAGGAGAAGAAAAAGAAUACUUUAGUAGUGAUUCUAUUGAUAGAUCAACAGCAACCGACUUUGAUGCAUUUGAGCACUUAACUGCUGAAUUUCUAAAUGCUCUUAAAACUUCUGGAUUGCCUAAUCAUUCUAUAAAGUUGAAAAUUGGUGCCACUAUUAUGUUGAUGAGAAACUUAAAUCAAUCGGAAGGUUUAUGCAAUGGUACAAGGCUCACAGUUACAAGAGUGACUAAUCAUGUUAUUGAAGCUGGGAUUAUUUCAGGAAAGAAUAGGUAA